AAUUGACAUUUUUGAAAUGUCAUAAUGUUUGGUGUUUGAAAAUUUUGUGAAAUAAAUCUAAAAAUAUUACGUUAAUAUCAAGACUUUUAACUAAUUUGGAGUUAGAUUGUUGAAAUAUCCUACUGGUUGUAGUUUGUGCUGAAAAUAUUUUAUAAGUAGGUCAAUUGAUUGUUAGCGAAUUGGUUACCGGUACGUCAGAGAGCUUCGUAAUCAUAAGUUGUUGGCGGAAUUUAGUUAUUUGUGAAUUUAUAUAAUAACCUAAGAUAGAGGUUAUAUGUGCAGUGUUUACUUUAAAUCCGUUGAGAAAGAAUUGCAUGAUAAGUGUAAGUGGAUAUGGCAGAAAAUGACGAUUAUUUAGAGUCCAUUGACAAUAAUCAUUUGGACGGAACCAACGGUUCAUUAAACAUGACCGACAACAGCCUCGGUGCAGGAGAUGAUGUAUCUGGUGUGGAUGUACCUGACCUAGCUGCUAUUAAAGCUAGAGUUCGUGAAAUGGAAGAAGAAGCUGAGAAAUUGAAACAGAUGCAAACAGAAGUUGACAAACAAAUGAGCAUGGGUAGCCCGCCUGGACUUACGAGUCCAUUAAACAUGUCUAUAGAAGAAAAAAUAGAAGCAGACAAUAGAUCAGUUUAUGUUGGCAAUGUGGAUUACGGAGCAACAGCUGAAGAAUUGGAACAACACUUCCAUGGUUGUGGUUCGAUUAACAGGGUGACAAUAUUAUGUAAUAAGUUUGACGGCCACCCCAAAGGCUUCGCUUAUAUUGAAUUUGGGGACAAAGACAGCGUACAAACUGCUAUGGCUAUGGACGAGUCUUUAUUUAGAGGUCGCCAAAUAAAGGUCAUGCCAAAGCGCACCAACAAGCCGGGGCUGUCGUCGACGAACCGGCCGCCGCGGUCGAUGCGCGGCCGCGGCCGCUCCUUCCGCGGCGGCUUCAACUCGUACCUGGCGGUGUACCGGCCCAUCCGCCGCGGCAGAGGGUACAGGCGCGGCAUGUAUUACUCCCCGUACUGAGUGCGGUAAACGGGGCCUCCGCCCCGGCCCCGGCCGCAGCCGCGCCGCGCGAUACCCUCGCGAGUGUGUGCGGUGUAGCUAACUUAGUGUACCGACUGGCGGCCACCUUCGGUGUCGUCAACGGAUCGCCAAUGGAUUCUGACUCCACUUUAGUUUAUAAAAAAUAUACUUUUGGGUAAGAGGUCAUGUUAUCCCGGUGGGGCUGCACAGUGACGUUUGUCUGUGGAUUGCUAAUUGAACAGUUUAUUGUCAUGUGGUUGUAGACGAGAUGUGACGAUGGAUCGUUCAGUGUGUGCCGUUUUGUUGUAUGGAUUGAUGACUAAAUAUAAAAAUUAAGCUAUGUCCUCCUGAUUUUAGUGUUAAGUGUCGUAUUCUUAUUCAAUUAAAAUUUGCGAUGAUUUUUAUGAUUAAUUGUAAUAUGAGCCGUUUGCGGUAUUCUAGAUGGUAGUUAUUCGAAUGUUUGUAAUAGAAGCGUUUAUUUUUUCAAAUAGCAAACACAUAGAAUGCAAAAAAAAAAAGUUUUUAAAAACACAAUUAUAAAUAAUGUUAAAUAAUGCUAGCUAUAUGAGUUCGAUCUUUUAAACCGAGCGUAAGGACGGGCGUUGUUGUAUUUCACAAUAGUUACUAUGCUUGGACAAUAACAUAACACCUGAGGCAGAUGACGUCGUGAAGUUAUCUAACGAAACUAACAACCAUAGUAAUGCUUCGUCGCUUGCUAUACCAACAAAUUCUCACGCGGGGUGGUAUGUUAUUGCGCAUGUCUAGUUCUUAAAAACAAUUAUUGACUAGUAAUUCCUUCAAAACAUUAAUAUAAAUUUUCUGCCAAUUCAAUAAUUCCUUCUGAAGCGCUCAGUUUAUAUACAAGCUCUUAUGAUAUAUAUUGAAAUAUAGGUAGCAGAUAAAUAUAGUUUUAAAAUUUAAUUUUUUCCUGACUGAUUUACAUACUAUGACAUAAUUAUUUUUAAAGUGAAAAAAUGCAGAUCUUUAAAUUUUUAUGUGAAUUUAAUGAUUUUAUGAUACCAGUUGAUUAUAAAAAAUAACUCGAGAUUUGUGUUAUCAAAAUAAGAACAGUAUUUUGUUAAACGAUGUUGUGUGGAGCUACCGUACAUAAACAAACAGAACCACUUUAUUCCUAAUGUUGUAAAAACUUGGCUAUUAUCGGUACGUAUAAGAUUGUUACUAAAUCAGUUAUGUAAAGUGGUAAAUUGUGGCUCUGUACAAUCGUCAAAAUAAUUUGUAUAAUUUGAAAUUCUGUUUCUAUGAAAUGAAUUAUGAAAAUUGUCUUAAAUUUAUAUUUGUAAUGAUUAAAAAUACAAUGUAUUCUUUGUUUGUAUACGCAGUUGGAUAUUUACUGCGUAGUUUGAUGCUUUAAAAAGAUAAUUUAAUGCACUAUCAAAAUGAAAAUGACAAAGUAAGAAGUUGAAAAGUGUUUGCCAGAUAAGAAAUAAUUUUAAGAUGAA